CAAGAAUGACAAGCUAGUCUAUUCUAGGAAACAGCUGAAAGAUCCAGAGGCCACUACCGAAGAACUAAACUGUGCUGUGGAUGCCUACACACAGCAGGGAUGUGGGCAGUUUCCACCAGAAGGCGAGAUGGGAUUCCCUUUGUGAAGUAACUUCUGCACCUGUUGACAUUCUGACGGGACUUUCAGCUGAAGAAUUGCUGGGUCCAGAUUUCUGCACUGCCAACCACGGGGAAGCUUCGUAUUUCAGCAAUCAUCCUGUCAUUUAUCAGUUGGAAGAAGAGCCUGGGGACUCCCUGUGGAGGAAUAUAAAAAAAAAAUCUGUGAAGUUUGAACGAGUGGCCUUCUCAAGAUGUACCGAGUCUCUCAACUGAUGUCGACACCAGUAGCAAAUUCCAGGUCAAACAGAGGACUUUCUGGAGAGCUGUCCCCCACAUGUCUUUUCCCAAGCUUCAGUUGUGAUUUCCUGGAUGGAGACAUUUCUUUUGAAUGCUGCUCCAUAGAUCCCCUGACAGGCUCCUACUGUGUCUGCCGCAGAAGCCCCCGACUCCUCACCAAUGGCUACUACAUUUGGACUGAGGACAGUUUCCUCUGUGACCCAGAUGGCCACAUUACUCUGAACCCCUCACAUACCAGUGUUAUGUACAAGGAGAACUUAGUUAAAAUAUUUAGAAAGAAAAAGAGAACCCACCGUUCUCUUUCUUCUCUCUUGGACCUCAGAGCCUCUAAAUCUUGGCUGCAUGGAAGCAUCUUUGAAGAUGCCAACUCACCUCCAAGUGAGGACACCUGGCUGGAGGGCAUCAGGAGCCUGGGAAGUGAUCUGGACUGUUCUCUGAGUGAUGGCUGUGAGUCUCAGAAGCCAACCACAGACAUUCCAGAAGCCUCUUCUGGUCAUGUUCUGUCUCAGCAUCUCCAAGAAAGUUCCCAGAAUUUUUCUCUUCAGCCUCAGAUGAAAGCAUCAGGACAUUUCCAAAAGAACGUUGUGGCACAUUCAAAAGCCAGUGUGAUGCACAAGGUCUCCUUUCAGGUAAUCCUGCUAGCAGUAUGCUUAAUCGUUUCUGCAUGUGCAAGAUGGUUUGUGGGAGGAGAAUUAGCCAGCAUCUUUACCUGCGCAUUGAUGAUCACAGUAGCUUAUGUUGUGAAGUCACUGUUUCUUGGCCUUGCCAGCUAUUUCAAAGCCACAGCCUGUGCUAAGUACGUGCUGCCUCCGAUGUCAUCAUUGUCUGAUCAAGGAUGACAGAAUCUGGUCUUUGUGGAAGGUUUCUGCUGAGUGAGAGAUGGAAAUUUCAGAUAUGGCCUGCUGAAGAUGUUCUAUGCUGUAUCCUCCAGUGAGAAACUUCUGUGUGUAGAAAACAUGUUACUUUAAAGUGAUAAUGUCAAAAAACAAAAACAAAACAAACAAACCCCUUUUAUAUCUGUGGUGGUUAAUAUUCAUUGCCAACUUGACUGUAUUUAUCAUCACCUCUGAGACACACCUUUAGGUAUGUCUGUGUGGUUGUUUCUAGAGAGGUUGAACUGAAGAGAGAACACUUGCCCUGAACAUGGGUACCAACAUUUUAUGGACUGGUGUCUUGGACUGAAUAAAAAAACAAGUGAGAAAGGAAGCUGAGAAUGAGCA